AUGGCCCAACCCAACGACGACGAAUCAUGGGGUGAUAUCAGCAAAGAGCCCGAAACGAGAACCGACAGCGACUCGGACGAGAAGGAGGUAUCCCAGCACUUACCCGCAAGGGCUAAGGGCAAGCGGCCUGGUGUUGAAUCAGAUGGUCAAGAUGAGACUGGGGCCGAGGAUGAAGAUGAGCUCGUCGGGGUUAAGGGGAAGACUCUAAGGGCUAAGAGGCCUGCCAAAGAGAAGAGGGAGGGGAGGGAGACUGUGCCUGGCAACAACAACUUCGCCAAGGCAUCCCAACGGCGUGUGAUAGGAUACGAAAAGAUUGCUAAUGGGGAUCGCGGAAGAUUCCAUGCCACUACUGUCAAUGAACUGAAGCAGCGGCUGAAAGACUUGGGUCAAAGGGUGGGGGGCAUUAAAGUCGAACUUUUUCUGAGAUAUAAAGAACAGGCAAGCGUUGAAGAGUUCAAAAUGUUACCCAAGGGACCUGACAACGAGGACGGCGAGGAGGACGAUAGGAAUGGCGAGGAUCAAAAGAGUGGUGGCGAAAAGGGUACAGAGAGUGGUAGUGAAGACGGCGACAGUGGCGAGGACGAAGCGAAGGACGACGAGGUAGACAACGAAGAACGUGAUGUCGAAAAGAGUGAUCGCAAAGAUUUUGGGAUUAUCAACGACACUAAGGGUGAGAUUGAGACUGAUAUUGAGGCUUACAAAAGAAGAGGUGACCAUUUAAUAUCAAAUGGAGCUGAGCCAGUUGGUUGUGCCCCAGAUGUCAAGAUGAGGGAAGCAGAAAGGCAUGAAGAUGGAAACGAAGACCAAAGUGAAGACGGAAAUAAUGGAGAUCAAGUUGCCAAACUUCCGCUCCAGAAUGCUUUUGUCACCGAAGGUCCUGCCAAACGUAGGCGGGAUUCGAACUCUUCUCGAGGAAGCAAGCGCGCCAAACAUGCAAACGUGGAUCUGCGUGGCGGCGCAGGUGACAAAAAUGUCGAUACAACGCAUGUCACACCCACAAACUACUAUAUCCCCCAGAACCUAUUGGACCAAACACUCCAACAGCUCCUCGUCAAGCAGCCAGAUUUGUUCCAGCCGGGUGCACCGGUACCUUCAAAUCACGAUAUCACAUUCCGUGAGUAUCUUCGAGACAAUCCCAAGGCUCGACUAGACAUGGCCCGAUCCGGACAUAUGGGAGACCAAUCAUUCCCGGAACACGACGAAGAAAUGGUUGACUGA